CAGAGGCGGAAGAGGUGGCCCGUGAGCCGGGGAAGGGGCUGGCCCCGGAAAGAGGAGGAAACCCUGAAAAGAAAACAGCAACAAGCUGAGCUGCUGUGACAGGGGAAGAAGAUGGCGGCGUCGAAGGGGAGCCUCUGGGUCAGGGCCCAACUGGGGCUCCCGCCGCUGCUGCUGCUGACCAUGGCCCUGGCCGGAGGCUCGGGAACCGUUUCGGCUGAAGCGUUUGAUUCGGUCUUGGGUGAUACGGCGUCUUGCCACCGGGCCUGUCAGCUGACCUACCCCUUGCACACCUACCCCAAGGUGCCUGCCAGUUUGUACACAGUGGAUCACACAGAAGAGGAGUUGUACGCAUGUCAGAGAGGUUGCAGGCUGUUUUCAAUUUGUCAGUUUGUGGAUGAUGGAAUUGAUUUAAAUCGGACCAAAUUGGAAUGUGAAUCUGCAUGUACAGAAGCGUAUUCCCAAUCUGAUGAGCAAUAUGCUUGCCAUCUUGGUUGCCAGAAUCAGCUGCCAUUUGCUGAACUGAGACAAGAACAACUUAUGUCCCUGAUGCCCAAAAUGCAUCUACUCUUCCCUCUAACCCUGGUAAGGUCAUUCUGGAGUGACAUGAUGGACUCUGCACAGAGCUUCAUAACAUCUUCAUGGACUUUUUAUCUUCAAGCUGAUGAUGGAAAAAUAGUUAUAUUCCAGUCUAAGCCAGAAAUCCAGUAUGCACCACAGUUGGAACAGGAGCCUACAAAUUUGAAAGAAUCGUCGCUAAGCAAAAUGUCCUCAGAUCUUCAAAUGAGAAGUUCACAAGCACACAGGAACUAUCUUGAAGACGGAGAAAGUGAUGGCUUUUUAAGAUGCCUCUCUCUUAACUCUGGGUGGAUUUUAACUACAACUCUUGUCCUCUCGGUGAUGGUAUUGCUGUGGAUUUGUUGUGCAACUGUUGCUACAGCUGUGGAGCAGUAUGUUCCUUCUGAGAAGCUGAGUAUCUAUGGUGACUUGGAAUUUGUGAACGAGCAAAAGCUAAACAGAUACCCAGCUUCUUCUCUUGUGGUGGUUAGAUCUCAAGCUGAAGAUUAUGAAGAAGCAGGACCGCUACCGACAAAAGUGAAUCUUGCCCAUUCAGAAAUUUAAGCUUGCUUUUUUUUUUUUUUAAAGAAAAGUGUCAUAGACAUCUAAAUUUCCAUUCCUCAUAGAGCUUUUAAAAAUGGUUUCAUUGGUUAUAGGGCUUAACAAUCACUAUAAAUUGCAAAUAAAGUUACCCAAAUCUGUAAAGACUGUAUUUGCUGUAACUUUCCCUGUAACUUUUUCCCAGUAAUUUAAGAGAUGGAUAUUUGGAAUUGUAUUUUUAUUUUAAUAUCUGUAGCUACUUCUUUAAUUAUUAUUUGCAUUGUUUUUGUUUGUUUUCUUUCUUAGCCAAAUUCUAUGAGCUGAUCAUUGUUUUUCCCCACCUCUCACCAUGAUGCCAUCAAUCACCUUAGUUCAUAAGCUGAAUGCUCAGUAGAAUAUGAUGCUUCUGCUCAGAAAUAGCCCACAACCUGUAAUUUGAAAUUUAGCAGAAAAUGCCCUUGGAUGAUACUACAUUUUCAGUUGUAUUGAACUGAAAUUAUUAAAAUUUUAUUUGGAUAAUUAUGUGCUGAAAUUUGAGUUUAAUAGACUCCUGAUUUUCCAGAUCUUCCCUCUCACCCCUACUCAACGCAGACAAAAAUUAUGAAAUGUUCUGUUUCUAUCUAUUGCUGUAUAAUAUGAUGAUCAGGGAACAAAUUGAAGCAAAAAUGAUUCUCUCAGAAGUGCAUUUUAUGUUAUUUGCACAGCCUAUAGACUUUUGUUGGAUGAGUCUUUCCAAAGAACUUUUUUCUCUGUUUGAAAGCAUAUCAAGUAUAAGUUUAAAGAUAUUUUCAGAGGAAACUUCAUUUUGACAGUAAGAAUUAGACUCUUGUGAUGCAGAAUUAAGUAUAGAUUUCACUUGGCAAAAGCUAUUAUUAUCAUUCCUUUAUAAUAACACAGAUUUAAAAAUAAGAGUGAUAUCUGGUGAUACAGUAUACCAGAAUCUUAAAUUAACAUGAUUCUGUGUCAUUAUACCAUGAAAUGUUAAAUAACUUUGCAAACCAAUACCUUCCUUAUGAGCAGGGGUGUUGCUGAAAACUGCAGUAGUACUUGUUGACUAAAGAGUGAGUCACACAUGUACCUUACAGCCUAGUCAUCAGCUUUCUCU